GAAGCACGCUGUAUUGAUACGAAUAUACCCCACCAGCUUGCCUUUGUAUCGAACCAAACAGCUCAACAUGAGUACCAGUAAUUCGUCUUGGGACCUAUCUCUAAGCGAGAAAGUCCUCCGUAAUGCGGGUACCGCUGUGGGGUCGAUGUUUGCAGCGGUUGGUACAGCGGGCAACCUGCUAGUCAUGUUCAUCAUCUUACGUUUCCCCCGCAUGCGAACUGUUCCCAACGUUUAUAUCUUCUGUAUCGCGCUUUCUGACUUAGCCAUUCUCACCGUGGCUCCUUUUAUUAUUCACUUCUACCGCGUGGGGCAGUGGGUGUUCGGGCCUGGCUCGUGUGAAGCAGAGUCCUGUAUCAAGUUUACCAGCAUGUUCGCCAGUUUCUUUCUCGUCAGCGUGUUUAACGUCCAGCGCUACCAGGUCAUCGCGCAUCCGCUGGAAACCAGACGGCGCCAGAGCGUGCGGAAAGCCGCUGUCAUCUGUCUGAGUAUGUUCGUCCUGGCGCUUGUUGCAAACCUGCCGUUCUGCGUGACGUCUGUGGUGGUGGAGGAGGAUGUAGGCGGGAGGAACGCGACGGUGUGCCGGUACUUCUGGCCCGAGUGGCGGAGCGUCCCGAAGUUUGCGGAGAAGGCCCGGCGGUUGUACCUCACCAGUCUGGGGUUCCUCCUGCCGCUCAGCUUCAACUUCACCCUGUACGUCCUCAUCAUUCGUAAGCUGCGGCGUCAGGAUGCUUUCCGGUCAGCUGCGACCAGGCAACGCGAGAAAGAUUCGGCGACAGCCGUUACCAAAAUGCCGGCAUUUAUGACAGCAUCAUUCGUGGUCUGCACGGGUCCGUUCCACCUGUACAACUUCAUCAGAGCAGUAUCAGACAUACACAUAUCUGAGUAUGUAGGGAUGUGGGUCAAGCCGCUGUUCUUCGGGAACAGUGCCCUGGACCCCGUCAUCUACGCGCUCAUGGGGACCAACUUUCAGGACUGCCUCAAACAGCUCUUCUGUCGGCGGCCUCCGCCAAAGGGCCGGCCAAAUGAUAACGUCAACGAGCAAAGUUCAUUUUACGCGAUGGAUGUCAUAGAGUGA